AUGGAUCCCAGCGUCGAGCGACUGAAGCUUUCCGAUGGCGACGUUGGCGGCGAGGACCGCCUCAGUGCUCUACCAGAUGACCUGCUCAUACGCAUCCUUGUCCUGGUCGAGGACGCCGCCGAGGCCGCUCAGACCAGCAUUCUUGCCAGCCGCUGGCGUCGGCUUUGGGCCCUCCUCCCGGAGCUCCGCUUCUAUUACAUCGAGCACCACGGGAUAGGCACCGCGCUUGCAGCCCAUGAGGCGCCGGACCUAACCCUCCUCAUCGCGCUCACCGACGACCCGUCUCCAGAAUCCAUGUCGGCUUUGCUCCAAGUCGCCGCGCGCAGCCUCUCUGGCGACAUACACGUCGAGGUUCGGCGGGAGGCCGAGACCCAGGCCGAGGAAAGAGGCCCCAUUGAUCUGCCUUGCUUCCACAAGGCUACCUGCAUCGUGCUCAAUCUUGGAUCUCUUGGCCUCGCCCUGCCGCCCUCCGGAGUAUUCGCCCGGCUCAAAGAGCUGCAGCUGAUCGGCAUCCGGCUGCAGGGCCAGUCCGGGCUCGACGAUCUUCUCUUGCCGCAGCGGUGCCCGUCCUUGGAGUCCCUCCGUGUCGGCGAUGCCCGGGGUCUGGACAGCAUCAACAUCCACUCGGAAACUCUUGUACGUGUGGAGCUGCUGGAUCUGGUUCGCUUAUAG